AUGGCGAAGCUGCUGGAGUGGGUGGUUUCAGCCGGUCCCAAGUAUGCUACGCUUGCAUAUCGUUACGGAAUGGAAAGAGGCUGCCCAGCAAUUACUAAAUUUUAUAAAUAUGCGAAGGUGGAAUUGAGACCACCAACGAUGUCCGAACUCACACCAGCCCUUGAAGAAGGCAAAUCCAUUAUUAAUUUCUUUAAGUCCAGUGCAUGGAAGCAAAAAACUGUCAAGGAUUUUGCUCUUGAUAGCGUUGUCGCAAUUGAAGUUCUUAUGUGGUUCUUUGUCGGAGAAAUAAUUGGUCGAAGGAGCUUGAUUGGAUAUAAAAAGGUGAAGGGCGCCUAUAUUGUAGCGCAUUGA